UCUCACAUUUUUGCAUCACAUUCGUUUCUUGAAUCCCCUCUUUCAGAGAGAGAAAGAGAGUGAGAGAGAGAUAGAGAGAGAGAGAAUGUUCCAUGCUAAGAAACCUUCAAGUAUGAAUGGUUCAUAUGAGAACAGAGCUAUGUGCGUUCAAGGCGAUUCAGGCCUCGUCCUCACCACCGACCCUAAACCGCGUUUGCGUUGGACCGUCGAACUCCACGAGCGUUUUGUGGACGCCGUCGCUCAGCUCGGCGGCCCCGACAAAGCGACCCCAAAGACGAUUAUGAGAGUUAUGGGUGUGAAGGGUCUUACUCUUUACCACCUAAAGAGCCAUCUUCAGAAAUUCAGGCUUGGAAAGCAGCCGCACAAGGAGUACGGAGAUCACUCCACAAAGGAAGGUUCAAGAGCUUCUGCCAUGGAUAUUCAGCGCAACGUAGCUUCUUCUUCUGGCAUGAUGAGUCGCAACAUGAAUGAGAUGCAAAUGGAAGUGCAGAGAAGGUUGCACGAACAGCUAGAGGUGCAGAGACAUCUGCAACUGAGGAUUGAAGCACAAGGAAAGUACAUGCAAUCUAUAUUGGAGAGAGCUUGCCAAACCCUAGCCGGUGAGAACAUGGCAGCCGCCACCGCAGCAGCCGCCGUCGGAGGAGGAUACAAGGGUAAUUUGGGAAGUUCGAGUCUUUCAGCAGCGGUGGGCCCACCUCCUCAUCCUCUUAGUUUCCCGCCGUUUCAAGACCUAAACAUCUAUGGAAACACAACCGACCAAGUCCUCGACCAUCACAACUUCCAUCAUCAAAACAUAGAGAACCAUUUCACGGCCAACAAUGCUGCAGAUACCAACAUUUACUUGGGGAAGAAGCGACCUAAUCCUAAUUUUGGUAACGAUGUAAGGAAAGGACUAUUGAUGUGGUCAGAUCAAGAUCACGAUCUUGCCGCAAACCAAUCGAUCGAUGAUGAGCAUCGAAUUCAGAUACAGAUGGCCACACAUGUCUCCACGGAUUUGGAUUCUUUGUCGGAGAUCUACGAAAGGAAAUCAGGUCUAUCAGGUGAUGAAGGGAAUAAUGGUGGGAAAUUACUGGAAAGGCCAUCGCCUCGGAGAUCACCAUUGAGUCCUAUGAUGAACCCUAAUGGUGGAUUAAUACAAGGAAGAAACUCGCCAUUUGGGUGAUCCAAUAAUUAAUUUUUAUGAGU